UCAUUUAUUAGCCCCAUAUGUCCAUUCAAGAGGCCAGUAGCUCUUGAUAAACCGCAGAAGAGUAGUAUUUUCAUUGAUAUUUAAUCUUGUUCUGUAUGGCAUCAUUAUCCUGAGUAUUUAUCAUGUUCUCAUAUCAAAGUGUUUACUCUGAGUGGUUACAUCAUAUCUAAACCAUUACACACCACAUAAUUUCUGUCGCUGGUUCCGCCCAUUAUAAUAGUGUCAUCAACGGGCGCGCGCUGCCCGGUGUGUGUAGACGGUCGCACGUGAAUCACCGAGAUGGCCAGCAGCUCUGAUGUGGUGAAGAAAGUCACGCGGUUCAAACUUAAGCUCACAGACACAGCAGACUCUGCUACGGUUCUAAAAAUCUUGCAAAAACUCAAGGAUCUGGAUAUCACAGUAGACAUUCUUGCUGAAACUGGAAUUGGCAAAACAGUUAACUCCCUGCGCAGGCAUGAACAGGCUGGAGAAUUUGCCAAGUCACUAGUUAGAGGUUGGAAGAAGCUGGUCCCUAAGGAGUGCAUGAGCUGCGCAGAUGAUAGGGAGACUAUGUGUGUUAAGGACAAACUGGAUGAGCAAAACUGUCCAAAUGCUGGAAGUUUGACAGAGGAUUUGAACAAUAAUCGUCUGACAUCUCGCAGGAAGAGUCAGGAUUCUUCAGAUGAGGCUGUCUUCAAAACAAGGAGUAGGGAGGCUGAUUUAGAGAAACACCGGUGUGAAGAACUGAAAGGAAAAAAGAAUGACAAUCAAGAAAAAAGCUACCAAGUAAACUGGAAUAUCUUUCAGAGUGACGUCUUGGAAAAGAAAAUUGAGGAGGAUAAAAUAGAUGAUUCAUUUGUUUCCAAGAAGAAGAAAAAUGAUCAGAGUGACAGAAAAUCAGGAGACAGUGAUAUUUUGCUUGGAAACAAGAGAUCCAGGGAGAAAUUGAAAAGCAACUGUGAAAGUGGAAGAUUUGUGUCAGAAAAAGAGUCAAUCAAGAAAUCAAAGCCAUCAAAAGAAUCCUCGAAGGAAAGCAAGGAAUUUUUUUCUUAUGAGUCCGGCGACAAAUACCCAAAAAUGUUAAAACUGGCCAAUACCAAAGAUGCUGGGUCUCCAGGAAAGUUGUGGAACUCAGAGGCCCAAAAGGGGAAAAGGAAAAAAACAAGUAAAGAAAGGCAUGAAGGUCUUAAACAUAAAGAAGAGUCUGAAAAUGAGGGACAUUCAAAGCACAAAAACAAAAAGGCCAAAAUAACGCACAAAGACCAGGAAACUGAUGGUGACCAAGAGAAGCCUUCCAUGUCUUUUGAAUCGUACUUGAACUAUGACGUGAAUGUUUUCAAGAGAAAAGAACGAUGUGGAGUGAAGAAACCUGCCAAAGAAAUCAAGACUGCAGUUAAAGCAGAAGAAGCAAAGGAUUCUGGCAUGAAACCUUUCAAGUCAGCUGUGAUGUCUAUAAAUGUUAGCCCUCCAAAACAGAAGUUUCAGGAGUCCGUAAUGGACCUGUUGAGCAUCCCUUUACCUGCUGUUCUGCCUGAAUGUGACAAUCUAUCCAGUUUUGAGUACUUUGACAGGAAAGUUGAGAAGGAGUCUGAUUUCUGCGACGUCCCUGAGGAGUCUGCUGUCUUCACUGGUCAGCGGUUUAACAGGAAGAUGCAAGUGUACUCUGGUGCCAAGACCGUCUUCCUCCCAGCCAUGAUGAGCUUGUACCAACAGUGUAUCCGCACACUCCAGAACAAUAUUCACUUGCUUAAUGAAACUGGUGGAGUCCCGUUUGAAAUCCUCGAGCCGGUGUUGGAGAGGUGCACACCGGAGCAGCUGCUACACAUUGAAGAAUGCAACCCAAUCUACAUUGGAGUGACAGACCACCUGUGGGGGAAACACUGUCAGAGGGACUUCAGAGACUCCAGACUUCAGGAGUAUGAAUCAUGGAAGGAGAUGUACAUCAGGCUGUUUGAGGAGAGGGAAAGGAAACUCCAGAGACUGACAAAAAGCAUUGUUUCUGCACAUUCUUUGAAACCCAAAGGUCGGCAGGUGAAGAUGGCAUUUAUUCAUACUGUUGCUAAGCCACCGAGAGAUGUGCGAAUUCAGCAGGAAAUUCAUGGAACUGCUGUUCAGCAGCCUCAUCAGCCCAGGUGCAGUGUCAAGGCUCAGGACAACAGAUUGAGGCCGAGCUGUAACGAGCCCGGCAGCUCCAGUUCAGGGGGAAGCAAUGCACAAGACCCCCGCAAAAAAACAAGAAUUGCUCCAAUGAUGGCAAAGUCCUUAAAGGCAUUUAGAAAACGAUUUGAACGCAGAUGAAUGCUCCUAUAUGAUUUUUCUAUUUCCACUGUGAGGAUGUGGGGAAAGUGCACUCUAUCAUUCAUUAACUUUGGACAGCACCAGGCCUGUGUUCACCUUAGAUUUUUCUGUGUCUUUGUCUUAAUAUACAGGCAAUUGCCAUGUUUUUUUUCUCUGUAACCGUGAAUUGUCUUCACCAAAUAUAAAUAAAUGGACAAUGAAGUCAGCAAA